AAGACGCAUGCGUUGGUCUGCUGGACUUUUCCAUCGUUUGGACCGGUUUUAGCUGAAACGCCUUCAGUCAACUGAAGUCUGAGGCUGAGCAGUCUAGAAUUCCACUUUGAGGUGUGAAGAACUGCGGAAAAUAAUGAAGAAUUGAAGAGACUAACAAAUAAAAUAGAAUAAGGCUUCCCACAUGGUUCACCAUCAUUUCCACUCCAUCUGAAGAGGAAUUUGGCACUCGGUCGUGAUAAAAGGGAUGAAUGAGGGCCGCACUGCUGCGACCCUCCUGAGAAGGUGCCACCUCGCCCUGUCCAAGGCCGACACCGUCUGCACUGUCCCAGCCAGAGAAGCCCUCUCCGUUGACCCCGGCGAUGUUGGUGCUCAGCUUGAGAACGAAGCGGCCUUUCCCUUGUCUGAAUUUUCAGAAUUAUUUGAGAGUGCGGAGUGUUCCCCAUCUACUCAAGACACUGGUCAGGAUGCGGUCCAGGAGCUGGUGGUUCAGUCCGGCCAGCCUGUGGACGGCAGACAAAACCUGCGGAUGAAGUUUCAAGGUGCUUUCAAGAAGGGCAUUUCCAACCCCAUGGAUCUACUGGAAUCCACCAUAUAUGAAUCAAAUGUGGUUCCAGGUCCAAAGAAAGCACCCAUGGACUCCCUUUUUGACUAUGGCACCUACAGGAACACAAGUAACCAGAAGCGACGCAGGAAGAAGCUGCCCAGAGGUAAAACAGAGACAUCCAGCGAGGACGGUCCAAGUGAGGACCCUCCAAAGGUUGUGAAAGUAUUCAAUCGCUCUCUUCUCUUCGACUGUGUGUCACGUGGGGACCCCGAGGCCAUGGAGGGUCUCUUGGAGUACUUGCAAAAUAAUGACAAGAGGUUAACAGAUGAGGAAUUCCGAGAGCCAUCCACUGGUAAAACAUGUCUACCUAAAGCCCUGUUGAACCUCUACAGUGGCCAGAAUGACACCAUCCCACUGCUGGUUGACAUUGCAGAGAAGACUGGAAACCUCAGAGAGUUUAUCAACACACCUUUCAGGGAUGUCUACUACAGAGGCCAGACGGCACUCCACAUCGCCAUCGAGCGACGCUGUAAGCAGUAUGUGGAACUACUGGUGGAGAAAGGAGCUGACGUUCAUGCACAGGCCAGAGGACGCUUCUUCCAGCCCAGAGACGAGGGCGGAUACUUCUACUUUGGUGAGCUGCCUUUGUCGCUGGCCGCAUGCACCAACCAGCCUAACAUUGUACACUACCUGACCGAGAAUCCCCACAAGAAAAUCGACCUGCGGCGCCAAGAUUCCCGUGGUAACACAGUUCUCCACGCCCUGGUUCACAUCGCUGACAACACCAAGGACAACACUCGUUUCCUCACAAAGAUGUAUGACUUGCUUCUAAUCAAGAGCGCCAAACUGUACCCAGACUGCAGCUUGGAGAGUGUGCUCAACAAUGAUGGCAUGUCACCUCUUAUGAUGGCGGCCAAGCUGGGCAAGAUAGGGGUUUUUCAACACAUCAUUCGUCGUGAAAUCAAAGACGAGGACGUCCGUCAUCUGUCACGCAAGUUUAAGGACUGGGCUUACGGACCGGUGUACUCCUCACUCUAUGAUCUGUCUUCAUUGGACACAUGUGGAGAGGAGCCAUCUGUGCUGGAAAUCCUCGUUUACAACAGUCGCAAUGAGACCCGCCAUGAGAUGCUGGCAGUGGAGCCUAUCAAUGAACUGCUCAGAGCCAAGUGGCAGAAAUUUGCAGCCGUGACCUUUUACAUCAGCGUAGUUUCCUACCUCCUCACCAUGAUCACCUUCACACUGGUGGCUUAUCACCAUCCCACACAGGGAACGCCCCCGUACCCAUACACAACAUCCACUGACUACUUGAGGAUGGCGGGAGAGGUCAUCACCUUAGCGUCUGGAAUCUUCUUCCUCCUAACCAACAUUAAGGACCUCUUCUUGAAGAAGUGCCCCGGGGUGAAGUCGUUAUUUAUUGAUGGAUCCUUUCAACUGUUGUAUUUCAUUUACUCUAUACUGAUCAUAGUCACAGCCGCUCUCUACCUGUCUGGCAUUGAGGCCUAUGUGUCUGUCAUGGUCUUUGCUCUUGUCCUGGGCUGGAUGAACACUCUUUACUUCACCAGAGGCCUCAAGCUCACUGGCACCUACAGCAUCAUGAUACAGAAGAUUCUUUUUAAAGAUCUUUUCAGAUUCCUGCUGGUGUACGUUCUCUUCAUGAUUGGAUAUGCAUCAGCCCUGGUAUCCCUCCUCACUGUGUGCCCUCCACCGGGCACGAACUGCGAAGGAGGCUGCCCGACGUACCCCAAGUGCAGGGAUCCCGACACCUUCAGUACCUUCUUAUUGGACCUCUUCAAGCUGACUAUCGGGAUGGGAGAACUGGACAUGAUCCACAGUGCUCAAUAUCCUGCAGUUUUCCUCAUUCUGUUAGUGACUUACAUCAUCCUCACCUUUGUGCUGCUGCUCAACAUGUUGAUUGCCCUGAUGGGGGAGACGGUGGGCCAGGUGUCCAAGGAGAGCAAGAAGAUUUGGAAGCUGCAGUGGGCAACGACCAUCUUGGACAUUGAACGCUCAUUCCCAGUUUGUAUUCGAAAGUCCUUUCGAGUUGGCGAGAUGGUGACUGUGGGCAAGAACUGGGAUGGAACACCGGACCGACGCUGGUGCUUUAGGGUGGAUGAGGUGAACUGGUGCCACUGGAAUCAAAACCUGGCAAUCAUCAAUGAGGAUCCAGGCAAGAGCGAGACCUGUCAGGCCAACGGGCUUCAACAGAGUGUCAGAGGCUUGAGGAGAGACCGCUGGUCCACCGUGGUCCCACGAGUGGUGGAAUUAAGUCGGGGUCCGCGGCCUCGUGAUCUGGUGAUAGAGAUGGAGCCCCUUACGUCCAGGCACUGAUGGCCAUGGUGGACUAACUCUGUGAUUCUUGUAACGAGACAGUGGAGGGUCGUUUUGCAUGGAGGCGAUCACUCCGCUGAGGACCAUUAGAUCAAUAAGUGCACUCAUUUGCACAAAUCACAUGUGCCUUUUAUUCACAGGACAUUAUUGUAAAUACUACUUCCUGACAGCCUGGGGGAUUGUACGGAGCAAUCAUAACGACUCUAGAUGUGCAACAUGCCAAAGAAUCUUCAAUUUAGACAUAAAAAUACUACAAUAUUAAUGCAUCAAUGACCUAAACUGUUUUUAUAAAACAUAUCAUAAUAUAUUCUGUACCUCUGCAUUUCACUCAGGGAUUAUUCCAUACAUCAUUGAGUCAUAGAGAGUCAUACAGAAUCCUAAUUACUGCAUCCUGCAAUGCCCUGCAUUAGCAGGGCAAACACUGGUGAAAAUCUAUAAAUACAUAAUCACAACAGGAGGAAAAUAUAGCAAUAAAUAUUUAUAGACUCAGCCAGACCUGAGCUAAGGAUUGUUUGCUUUAUAUUGAAGGGAUCUCUAUAUGAUGUGAUCAUAAAGUGUGUAUCUGCUAGGUGCAGUAUAUUUCUAUAUGGCAUUAAUACAGUUGUUUUUAAAUGUAACUAUACUGUAGUCUUAUGUCUCAGGCAGGGCAGCUUAUAGCGGAAGAAAGACAAUGUGCAAUGUGCUCAUUCAAUAGCUGCACAACAAAGACAUUGUUGUGGCAAAAAUGGGCCUGAUGAGCAAGGUUACAGUUGUCAAGCAAAUACAAGACAAUAGCCUUCCGUGUAAGGGUUUGGCUUUGAAUUGCCACAGUUAUUGUUUCUCGCAGCUGUGGGGUAUUUGCAUAAUGGACGCAGAGGCCUCGCUAUUAUGUGCUUCUCUGUAUUUGCUGCAGUGUUUUCAGUGCAGUUGGCUCCUUGCCCUGCACACCAUCUUGUUUAUGUGUCACCUACCUUUAUACAGGUAUAUACACUGCAUGUAUAUACAUAUCUGUGUUGUGCUAUAAGAACAGUUGAAAGGCUAUGCACACCUCAUUUGCAUUGAAUGAAGCAUUGCUGUUGAAGGUCACUGUUCACAUUUCACAAAGUUUACAUUUCUGUUAUAUAAAGACUUGUUUUGUAUCAUUUUGUACAUUGUUGCUACGGACAAUAAACAGGACGCUUGUGA